AUGAAGACUAAAACCAAAGCAAAGAAGCAACGUCUCACUGCUGAUAAAGAAACAUUUUCUGAGAAGUCAAAAGUGAGGAAGAAAGAACCGGUGAAACGCCUGCGGCACAACGAAAGGAGGAACGGGGGAAGCAAGGAGAGCAGCAAGAGCGCUGCAGCCAGGAGCAAGCGUGCGUGGAGCAGUAAAGACAGACAGCUGAGGAGACUGGAAAGCAAUGAACGUGAACGGCAGAGGAUGCACAAGCUCAACAACGCUUUCCAGGCCUUGCGGGAGGUGAUCCCCCACGUGAGAGCUGAGAAUAAACUUUCCAAAAUAGAGACUCUAACGCUGGCCAAAAAUUACAUCAAAUCCUUGACUUCCAUAAUACUCAGUAUGUCCAAUGGACACUUUCCAGCUGUGGAAGGAAUGGGGGGAACCAGUGGAUCCAAACUGCUGCAGCAUUGCCAACAGCAGCAUGGGGAUGGUGACCAUAAGGAACAUCUAAAAAAAUAUUCCACACAGAUUCAGAGCUUCAGCCAAAACAGCUGUUGUUAG